AUUGCACUUUAUUGCUGCCAAUAUAAAAAAGACAUUAUAGUACAACGAGGUAGUGGAGCGGCCGUCCCGGGGCUCCCCACAGGUUGUCCAGCAGGCGCGGCGCUCCCUCCCUCCCCCCCUGGGGAGUGGCAGCACCUGGCCGGGCCCGGGUCACGUGACGCCGCCAGGUCUCCCAGGGCUCUCACCUGCACCAUGUCGGCGGCUCCCGCAGCCAACCCCAACACCGUGUCUUUCCCGGCUCCGCGGCUGACCCUACCCGUCGGGACGGCGGUUCUGCAAACCUACUCGGGUGCAUUCAUCUGCCUGGAGCUAUUGUUCGGAGGCUUGGUGUGGAUCCUGGUCGCCUCGUCCAACGUGCCGGUGCCUCUGAUGCAAGGCUGGGUGAUGUUUGUGUCGGUCACCAUGUUCGUGUGCUCUUGCCUCUACCUGUCGGUGUAUCUGUGCGGGCUGGCUGACCGGCUGGACACAGACUGGAACAUGGUGGAUUCUGUCUAUCAUUUCAUUGCCUUUGUAUUCUACUUUGGAGCAUCACUGCUUGAAGCUGCAACAACAGCUGCAGCUGUAGAACCUGGAAGGUUCAAUACAACUACAACUAAAUUUGCAACUAUUCUAACCUUUCGCCAAUACAGUAUCAAUGUUGUUGCUACGAUAUUUUCUUUUGUUGUUACCCUGUGUUAUGCCUGCAGUUUGGUUCUUGCUUUGAGAAGAUGGAAACUGUAAAUUGCAACACAUGACCCAUAUGGAAUGAUGUAGCUGGCUGGGUUUACUUCAUUGCCACACCACUUGCAUUGCUGAAAGACUUCACAAGACCAGGGUGAUCCUUUCAUGGGCCAAUUCUGUUUUCUACUGAAAUGUUUUUCCAGUAGUGGCUUUUGUUGAUAACUUUUUUUGUGAUAAUUUUCAGUGUUAAGAUCUAAAACUUGUGAAAGAAUAAAAGUUUCCAAUAUAUCUGAAUGUUUGGUGUUCAGUGUGUUAGUCCAAACAGUUAUAGAUUUAACAAAAUAUUUAAAUGCAGUAUCAGUUAAUGUACAGUAAAAAAAAUUUUGGAAAAUAAUCCUAAGGACACAAAUUGGCAUUUUUCUACUUCUGUAAACACUCCCCUUCAGAUCAUUUUCAUUUGUGCUUGUGAAUUUUCAUAUUGCAUAAUCUGUUUAUUUACAUUUUUAACUGUUACACGUUAGUACAUGGGUAAAUACAAAGUAUUGCAAAACGAAUUCAAGUUUUGUCUUCAUUAAGUCCUUGUUAUUUUAUAGUUUCCUCAUGGUUGAAAUGUAAAGAACUUUUUUGCUAUUUAACUGUUUCAGAAAUAGCCUUGUUGAAUGUGUUAGUCAAAAUGAAGAUUAUUCCGUGAGGUCAGUGAUUUUUGGAUAAUUGUAUACUCUAUGAUCAGUAAUAAUGCUUUAAGGGUUCAUUGUUAAUCUGUUGAAUUGAUUCAAGCUAAUCAACUGAAGUCCUUUUACGGAAUAAGUUAGUGUACAAUUAACAUUUGAUAAUAGCUUCUGUUUGCCACAUAAGCUGCAUUGUUUUGCAUGUUAAACCUAAGUUUCCUUAAAUUUUUAGAGCUCCUGCUGCAGAUUGCAGGGAUAACUUUUCAGUCCAUUCCUAGUUUUAAAAAGCCACUCCCCAUUGUCCAUGGUUUUAUGAAGUACCUGAAAUUUUCAAUUAAACCACUGUGGCAUAAGCCUUCCUCUACACCUGAGAUUUGAGUCUAACCAGUGGCAGAGCAGAUUAAUAACAUUUCUUUCUGGACAAAAAUGAUUUCAUAAUUGUCAAUUCUUUUGGGCUGCAGUCCAUUUGUUCCACCAGAAAAUUGGUUAUUUGAUAUUGUUGAGGUUUGCUGAUUGAUUCAAGAGAUGGCUGUGGCUAUCAAUGUUUACCAAGUAAUUCAUCUCACAUCAACUUCAGUUUGUUCAGUUUCCCCAACUGAAUUAUGUGUAGCUGAAUGGAAGUCAUCUAUGCAAGCCAAAUAUUCCCAAAUAUGUUGCCUUAAUUUCCAAUUGUAUUCAAUUGUUUUCUUAUUUUUUCCUAAUGUUUUCCUAGUCUUUUUUUAAAAAAAUACUUGCACUGAAUAAAGGUAGUAAUCUGAAAUUU